AUGCCUGUGCCGGCCUCCAGACGGCUGCCUGCGCCGGCCGCGCAGAGCGCCCAGUCUUCUUCCUCCUCUUCCGACCUCGCGGUCGCGGAUGCGAGUCUCGGGGCUUUCGCGCUGACUUCCACCCCGCAGCUGCCUCUUGCGCAGAGGAAAGCGCGGAGUGCACCAGGCUCGUCUCCGAGCGAUGAACGCAGCGUCGCGGGCUUGCAGCAGGGCGCCCGCAGAGGCGGCGGCGCCGUGGGCGCGCUGGCGGCGCUCGCCGAGGAGCGGCUCUCGGCUUAUACUCGGAGAGGAGACCGGAGGGGUCCGCCGCUGUAUGGCCAGCGGAAGGGUUUCGUGCCGCGAACCGAAGAGGACUUUGGCGGCGGCGGCGCCUUUCCUGAGAUCCACGUCGCGCAGUUUCCGCUCGGCCUCGGAAGGAAGAAGACGGGAAACAACCACGCGGCGUCGACGGUAGCGCUGCAGCUUGGUUCUGAUGGCAGAAUUGCCUACGACCUCGUCGUGCGCCAGGGCUCGGAUAAGAAAGUCGUUUACUCCACUCCUCAGGCCGCCGAGGGCGUGGACUCGACAGUGCCGGUCGCCACCACUUCUUCGGGCAUCCAAAUUGUCAAGCGCGUGGGAAACGCCAUGCCCAGCACAGAGGAGGAGGAGAAGGAAGUCGCGCGGACGAAGGCGGCUCUGGAGGCGGCGCUUGAGAAGAAACUCGGUGCCAACAAAGUCAAAACGAAGCAGGACAAAGCGAGCGCCGAGUUCUUUCGAUACACCCCUGCGCAGCAAGGCACUGGGCACAACAGCGGGUGUGCGCAGCGCGUGCUGCGAGUUGAGGACAUGCAGCAGGACCCGAUGAACCCGCCCAAAUUUCGACACAAACGAGCACCUGCGGCGGCUGGAAGUCCGCCGCCGCCUGUCAUGCACUCGCCACCGCGCAAACUCACGCAGCAAGACCAAGCAGAGUGGAAGAUUCCGCCGAGUAUCUCGAACUGGAAAAACCAGAAAGGUUACACGAUUCCUCUCGAUAAGCGUCUACAGGCUGACGGCCGCAACCUCCAGGAUGUGUCGAUUAACGACAAGUUUGCGAGUUUGUCUGAGGCGCUGUACAUCGCGGAGCGUCAGGCCCGAGAAGAAAUUCGCCUCAGAAAUGAAAUCAAAAAGCAAAAGAAGAUCAAGGAGGAAGAAAUGCGCGAGCAGCAACUUCGUCUCCUCGCCGCCCAAGCCCGCGCAGAGAGGUCGAAUCUGCUACAGCAGCAGCGCCGCGAAGGAGCAGAGGGAGAAGAAGAGGAGCGGAAAAAGCGCGAGGCGAUGGCGAGAGAUCGCCAGCGCGAGAUCGAAAGAGAAAUGCGUCUCGAGAGAAACAAGAGAGGAAGAAACGAAGAAGAACGCGACGUCAGCGAGCGCGUGGCGCUCGGUCUCCCGCCAACGAAAAAGGCCGCAGCAGGCGAAGGCAUUUUCGACACGCGCCUCUUUAACCAGUCGGCGGGUGUGGACUCGGGUUUCGAUGGAGGAAACGACGAAGCCUACAACUUGUACGACCAGCCCCUGUUUGCGAACCGCGCGAACAGCGCGGCCAUUUACCAGUUCUCUCGCGAGCGCCUCAUCAACAGUGUCGGAAACACCGGCGACGUGCCAUCCUUCGCCGGCGCAGAUCGGAGCUCGUACAGUCGCACAGCGCCCGUCGAAUUCGAAAAGGAUGUCGCAGACCCGUUCGGUCUCGACAACUUGCUGUCGGAGGCGAAGAAAAAAUAA